GUCACCGAACGAGCCUGCAGAGGAUGGAUUCUGUCUCGCGCCACCAUCAGCUGCUUUGUUUCCCUCCUCUUGAACAUCCGGGCUCGCGCUCGACGCAGCUGCAUCACAUUUCACAUCUGGAGAGAGCAGAUGUUGGSUUUCCGCGCUGUCAUUGUUUCCGUUUCCACCUCCUGAAAGCUUCACGCCUCCWCUCUGCCUCUCCUCCUCCUCCUCCUUUGCCUUCAACCCGCUCCUUCACGCGCCUCCUGCCGCUCGGAGCCGCCGGGAGUUCGAGGGAAAACUUCUUGGACCAAAUGGGGGACAUCGAGGCUCCCGACUCGAACGGGCCGCGUCAGUCCGUCCUGCGCUCCGUCCUGCCGAGCAGAGAGUUCGCCUCCUCCAGGAAAGGAAUGCUGCUUCUUGCUGAAGUGGCUCUCUGCUUCAUAUCGUUUGUGUGUUUCGCGGCGUCGGCAGCGGCGGCCUUCGUGACCGUCCCCCUGCUGGAGUUCCUGGCUGCCGUCUUCCUGCUGUUCGCCUAUUCCACCAAAUUCAACGAGAGGUUCAAAGGUUUCUGCUGGCCUCUGACGGAUUUCAUCAGAUGCGUGACGGCCUCCAUUAUUUUUUUCAUCAUCUCCAUCAUGGCGGUCUCUAAAUACACAGAUGGUUCCUCUAAAGCCGCCGGGGUGUUUGGCUUUGUGGCCACCAUUGUUUUCGCUUUAGAUUUUUAUCUGAUUUUUAACGAGCUGGCAGGUUUCCUCAAGCAAGGAGGGGCGUCCAACGAGGAGCCUUCAGCACAGAGAGACGAGUUUUCAGACUCAGACUCAGAUUGAAACUCAUCAGUGGAUGGAUUUCAUCUGAACUUUAAAUGGAGAAGUGACCACUGCUGAGCCGCCGUCUGCAAACACCUGCAGCUGACAGCCAGAACUCACAGCCCGUCACKCGACGCUGGAAACUUGUAGAAAAAAGGGGAAACAAUUUUGAUACAAGUUGAUUCUGACAUGUUUUUUUUCUAAUGACUUUUUUUUUAAUCUUCAUAUCCACAGUAAUCACAUUAUUAUAAACCUUUGGGUUGAUUUAAAAAGAAAACAUUUUAUUCAGUUCCAAAUCCUACGAUACGUUUAAAAGCUGUGAAUUUUUUCAAAUCCUAAACUGAGGAAAGAUGGCGCUGUGUGGCCGAGCUCUAAAAAAAACAAAAACAAACUUUUGAGGAAAUGAAAUAAAAGUUUUUCUUUUAUACAAAUAAACUCUGCUGCCUCAGUUCACAAGUUCCUUAAAACACUUUUCAUUAGAUUUUCAUACAGAAAACAACAGAAAUGGAGAUGAUURAUGCAAAAAUAUUAAAAUGGUGAAAUAUGAAGGUUUUUGCUGACAGUGAUAUUAGAUACUAAAGACACCCUGUUUUCUUUMUAUUUGAUCAAAAUAACACAAAGUUUCCUCUAAUCUUUUUUGAACAUUGACUACUUUUUCAUUAUUUUUAAAGAUUUUUUAAAGUACUCAAGCAUAAAAACAGUGUUGUGUUUCAUAUUGUAGUAAACAAUUAAAAUUAUAUUGUUAGUUUUUAUUUGCAGUCUAACAUGAUUUGUUCUUUUUUCUUUGCUCAUACAGAAAAAACAAACAAACCAAAAAGUAACUAAAUAAAUAAAAUCACAGUUGAACAUGUUUCACAAUGUUAAGUUCAUUUAGCUUUUUUGUAAGAAUAUAGGAGAAAUGAUCAUUUAAAAAAUAUGUUUACAACCUUAACAUUAAAACAUUUUUCUAAAGGCCUUAAGCCACGCCCCCUGUGCAGAAUUAAACUUUUUUUCUACUUUUCUAUAAUAACUUUUUCAUAAGUUUUUUUUUUAGCCCAUUUCACGAUAUUUUUAAAAGGUUUACUGUAAGUACUGUAUAAUGCAGUUAAUUACAUAUGGGAAUAUUCUGAACAGCUUUUUGAACAAAAAUCCAAAGAAAAGACUGGCGUUUGACAUUUUUGCACCAUACUGUAAGGGUGAUUAAACCAGUUCAUAAACAAAACUUUAAAAAAAAAUGUUUACUUGUCUAAUAAUAAUGAAGUUGUGUUAAAAAAAGACCACCUAUGUUUUUUUUUUCCUGAGUACAUGUUGGUUCUGUAUUGGUGUUUUGAACAGAAAUGGACUGUACAAAAAAAAAAAGUUAAAAUUAUUUUGUCAAAGUUUAAGAAAUCUUUUAUUUCAGUUUGUUGUUCAGCGUCAACACUCAAACUACUUAAACAUAACCUGUGUAUAAAACUUUUUUUUUCAGAGGGAAACGUUUUGAGCUAUUUGUAUGUUUUUAUUCAUUAAUUACUGCCACUACUGAAAAACCAGACACAAGUGUGUUAAUGUGACAAAUGGCACUACAUGAUUGUUCCAACAGCACUGGUGAUGGAAAAAAUAGCUUUAAUUUAGCAUAAAACUGGAAUUUCAACCAGUCUGGUUUAUUAGUGAUAAUAAAAACAUGUGAAGUUCAGGUAGAUGCUACAUGCUAACAGAUCAGCAUUAAACUGAUGCUAAUUAGCCUAGCUAAAGCUAAUUAGUAAAACCAUCCUAAUUAGCAAAAGAUAAACUUUAAUAGUCCACUUAUUUUAAAACAAUUCACUUCUACAAGCAAUGUAAAUCUUAAAUAAUUACUUUUAAAAGAUUUACUACCCAAAAAAAAUUAUUUUACCAGGGCCCUCUGACCACCACCAGCAGGAAAGGUGGAGGGAACGGGGAUCCUCCUAUCCACUUCACCAAAGCUGCCCAAUAAAAUCCAACCACACACACUGCUGUGCACAGAAUACAUUUGUAUACAUAAAGCUGUUUUGAUUUUAAUGCCUUUUUUGUGCAAAACUGUUGAAAUAAAAAAAAGUGAUCAUA